AUGGCGACUGCACCCAGUGAUGACUCCCCCGGUCCCCAGGGGACUUCCAACCUCCUGUCGCCCACAGAGGAGGAGGAGCUGGAUGUCGCUCACCCAGACGGGGCAAUCUUGGAGGAGCCCCUGAAUGACAGACUGCUCUGGGAGGAAGCACUCCUCGGCAAAAUCAGGACCAUGUCAGUCUUGCAGAAAAACGUGGUGUUGGACGCCAUCCACCACUGCAUCAAGGAGCACAGCCAGCUCAUCUGGAAGGAGGUAGCUAACACUGGCAUCCAGGAGCUCCUGGCACCCUUGAACCUGGAACUCAAGCAGCCUUUGGAGAAGACCUUCCUCUUCCACAUUUACGGGCUGAUCCUCAGAGAGAGUGCCAACAAGGAGCUGGUGAGAAGGCACCUGGCCGACCUCCUGGAGCUGUCCCACCAGUCAGCCAACCAGCGGGAGGGCAUCGCUACUGCCAUUGGUAUUGUGUCUUCCUCCCAUCUGCCGGCCGUCUGGGCAGUGCUGGAGCACCUGGGCCGCACCAGGCUCCUGCGGACCGCCUUCAUGUCCCCAGACUGCCAGUGCCCAGGGCUAACAGGCUCCAUUCUGCAGCAGCUGGACCCCGACAGGCACUGGAGGUGGGUCAGCUGCACCUCCCUGCUCUGCUACGGGCGGAUGGCGCUGCACGCCAGGGAGCAGAUCCUGCCCUGGGUGGACAACAUCAUCUCCAGGAUGGUCUACUACUUCUCCUGCAGCUGCUACGACAAUAUCCUGAAAACCAGCUUCCUCUCGGCCGUCAUCAUGCUUAUGAAAGCUCUCAAGCAAGAGAACAGCACCCAGAGCUACAAAUUCUCUCAGAUACCAGAGCUUAUCCAGUGCCUCCUGGGCAUCCUCCAGAAGGAGCCCAACUUCCUGGCCACCCUCUUCCGGCAGAAGAUCAUACUGGUCAUUGUGGGACUGAGCAAACUACGGCCCAGUCUCAAACCCAUGGUCAAGUCCAGGAUCCUGCAGACCUGCUUGCAGAGCCUGUUCAUGCUCCCACCCAUGGAGAAGUUGAAGAGCUGCUUACCUCCGCUGGACUCGGCCCCAGAUGUCAUGGUGCUGUACAAGAAAUCCAUGCAGGCGCUGGACCUGCUUCUCCAGAAUUUCAUCUCUGAGAACAAGAGCAUGGAUGAGAUGUGCUUCCUCCUGCAGCACAUGGAGCCCUGGCUGCAGUCAGACAAGAGCCAUGAGCGCAAGCGGGUGGUGCAGACCAUCUUCCCGCUCCUCAAGUACGUGGUGGACUACGUGACGCUCACUGAAGAGGCCACGCCCUCCCUGCUGGGCCACCAGAUAGGCCUGCUGGCGCUGCUGUGGCGGGACAAGGACCCGGUGACACAGAGCCACUCCCGCCAGUGCAUCUACCUGCUCCUCCAGCUCCUGAUCCAGCAGAAGGGGAGCACGGAGCAAUUCAUGCAUUUGAAUAAACUGAAGAACUUUGAAGCAAAGGCCCGCAGAGAGUCAGAAAUGAGGUUCUACAACGUGGUGAAGGCCCUGAACAGGAGCCUGACCGUGGCCCAGCACACACAGCUCAUCCUCGCCCUCCUGGGAGGGCUGUGCAGCCAUAGCCGUCUGCAGUGCGACCUGGCCUCGCAGCUGCUCCUGAUGAUCUUCGAGGACCGCAGCAUCAAGGCGGAGCAGGUGCGCCCUGGGCGCCGGGCCCUGUCUGCGGGCCCCGCGCGGGAGUCAGGGGGCAGCACGCCGGCCGCGCCUCCAGGGGGUCCGUGCGCCCGUGGGGGCACACACCUCGUCACAGAGAGCACUGAACCCCAGAGGCAGUGGGCCCUGAGGCACCGAGGCGGGGCCUGCGGGGGCUGCCGUGAGGCUCUGUCCUGCCUGUCCUUCCACGCGCAGGUGGCCGAGAUCCUGCAGGGCCUGUUCCAGGAGCUGCCCUCUAUCGUGUUCAAGGGCAUCCUGCAGACCAUGAUGAAGGUGGUGACAGUGCUGGGGACUCAGUACGCCGAGGAGACAGUCGAGGUGAUACUGUCCCUGUGUCACCCCUCUGAGAGACAGGUCCUACCCCUGUGGAAGGCCCUGGCCAGCAAUACCCAGCUGGCCCGCAAGGUCCUCACCCUGCUCUAUGUGAAGCUGAAGCUGCGGCCCCCUAAGGAGCUCAUCAGGCUCAGCCAGCAGGCUGAGCUCAUCUCCUUGCUGGCCCUGGGUACCAUUUACGAGCUCCUGUACACCCGGGAGUACAAGGCCACGGUGCACUGGGCCUUCGCAGGGAUCCUCGUGGGCCUGCUGACACAGCUCCAUUACCUGUUUGAGCUGGAUGUGGUGGAGGGCAUCUCGGACUACCAGGAGGACAUCCUGGAAAUGAAGCCUCUCAGCCCCUGCAGGACCUGCCUGGAGGCCCUGAAGGGUCUCUUCUGGACUACCAACUACUGGGAGGUGUUUGCCUACCUCAAGCUGUUGAGAGGCUGGGAGCUCUUUGAGCACUCGGAAACCUACACAGAGGGAGUGACCCUCUUGGCUAGGGCCAUGGCCCACUACGACUGUGAGGUCAAGGCUGUCUUGGGGCAGGCAGUCAUCUCCCUGAAGAGCUCCGAGGAACGGGACAACAUCGUGGCCAUGCUCAUCAUCACAGAGUUUCUCAACAGCCAAGAGCUCACCCAGUACAUAUCUCGGAGGACCAUGGACAAAUUCCUGAGCCUGGGCCUGAACAACCCCAACCAGCUGGUGCGGGCCAUGAGCCUGAAGGGCCUCAGCAGCAUCCUGAUGCACCCCAAGAAGGUGGCGCUGCUCCGCAAUCGGCUGGCCGGGCUGCUGGACGGCUUCGCGAAGCCCGAGCCCAAGGACCUCCUGGGCCUGAUGGAGAUCCUGGGCGACAUCCUGCAUCACCUGGGCACCCAGGGCGUCGGCGCCACCAGCCUCAAGAUGGCCCAGCACCUGCUGCCGCUGUUCGAGGAUUGCAGGGGUUGGGGUGCAGCCCGCGAGCUGACGGCAGGAGGAGCAGGAGGGGCGGAGGCCGAGAGGGACCUCAGGGCCCGGGGGGCGGGCGGCGAGGGGCGCGGGAGCUGCGGUCCGCGAGGCUGGGUAAGGCGGGGGAGGCCCCAGCACGACCCCGGCCGGAAGCCCGAAGGGUCCCCGGCCGGCCGGGGUCCCCGAGCUAGAAAGUGGCAGGUCUGGCUGCAGGGCCUGCGCCCCAGCCCUCGCCCGGCGUGCCCGGGAGUGGACAUGUGGCUGCCGCGGCCGAGGCCCCGCAGAGAACCCACCGAGGAGCGGAACCGGGGACAAAUGGCCAAUCCAGUCGGGGGGGCUGCAGCCACUGGAGGGGGUGGCUCGAGGAGCCGGGGUUGGCCAGAGAGAAGGCAGCCCUCGCUGGUGGGACAGGCCGGAGUGUCAGUGCUGGGAGGCCACCUGGUUAGCCGUCCAGCAUCUGGGCCGCAGCAAGCCUGGCGGCCAGAGAGGAAGGUGAGAGAGGGGGCGUGGUGGGUGGGGGUCUGCUUGUGGCUGAGGGCUCCCCACCUCCCGCAGGAGCAGGCCCAGGUUCGGGGCAGAGCCAUCUCCCUGUUCGGAGAUGUCAUCUACAGCGGCGGCAAGAAGUAUCGGCAGGUGCUCAAGAGCUAUGCCUUCCAGGCCCUGGUGCCGCUGCUCUUUCACCUGGUGGACUCCUGCCCCAAAGUGGUCACGAAUACAAAGCUGACCUUCCUGCGCUGUGCCAUCCUGCUCAAGUGGGAGUUUCGGAAGGAGCUGUUCGGGAAGUUGGCAUGGGGCCAUGGCCUGGGUGCUGAGAACGACAUUUUCAUCUACAUGGUGGAGAGCAACUUUGGCAGUUACCACCAGUUUCUCAUGCAGGCGUUGAUUUACCUAGCCAGCCCCCACAAAAACCUGAAGCACACGGCCAUGAAGUUCAUCGGGGGCAUUCUGCAGGAAUACUUUACCGACCUCUGCUUUUCCCUGAAGAAGGAUGACCUGAAAAUCCUCAGGAAAUAUGUGGAGGUCCUGAAGCAGGACCCAGACUCCGUGAGCCGCAGAUUCUACCACAGCUUUUUGGAAGACAUCAGUGAACUCUCCCAGUUUGUGAAGCACUGAGCCCCAGCCGAGGCUGCACUUGUUCCUGGCAGAUGCUGUGUUAUUUCUCUAUUAAAAAUGUGACAGAGUUC